AUGGGUAAGGCGGCAGCAACGGCGGAGACAAUGACGAAGAAGCGGAAGAAAAAGGGACGGCCUUCGCUUCUCGACCUCCAAAAGCGAGCUCUCAAGCAAGAAUUGCAGCAGCAGCUGCAGCAGAAGAAUCCUCCGCCCAAGAAUCGCAAUCAAAACCCUGCUCGCCAAAACCCUAAUUCCCUCCUCAAUUCCCGCCGAUCUGCCCGCCGGAACCCUCAAUCUGGCGGCGAAGAUGACUACGGAGAUGGCGAUGACGACGAAGACGAUGAUGAGAGGAAGGAGAAGAAGCACAAGCUUCUGCUCGGCCUGAAUUCCCAGCAGCAGCAAUCGAAUCCCCUUUUCCGUUCGAAUUCCUCUGCCUCUAAUUCUUACGGGUCGGGUUCCGAUAAUCCCGAGGCGGCUGCGUUGGCCAUCGUCAAGCACCGCCAGAUCGGAGGUGUCCGCCUCGGAUCUGAUGAAACGGGUGAAAAGUUUUGGAAAGCGACGGACACUCUUCAUGGGUUAUCAGGGGAGGAGCCUGGUCCCACGACGACACCUUUGCCAGACAAAAAGUUGUUGGUCUUCAUUCUUGACAGACUUCAAAAAAAGGAUACCUAUGGAGUUUUCUCCGACCCUGUGGAUACAGAGGAGCUUCCUGAUUAUCUUGAUAUCAUUGACCAUCCCAUGGAUUUUUCUACGGUUAGGAAGAAGCUAGAUGGCGGGGAGUACUCCAACUUGGAACAAUUUGAGGGAGAUAUUUUCCUUAUUUGUUCAAACGCAAUGCAGUAUAAUUCUUCCGAUACCGUUUACUAUCGACAGGCACGCUCCAUACAAGAGCUAGCUAAGAAGGACUUUGAAAAUCUGAGACAAGACAGUGAUGACGGUGAACCGGAAGAACCCAAAGUGGAGAAAGUCGUGAGGAGGGGCAGGCCACCAGGGAAGUCAAAAAAGUCACUCGAGAAGCCUCCACUUGACCGCUUGGCAAUCGAGUUCUCGUCUGAUGCAACACUCGCCACCGGAGGCGAUAACUCUAUCGGGUCGAAUGGUUAUAAUCUCAGGAAAACGACGUUGUUCAAGCAACCUUCUGAUGCAGUUUUGAGAAUCACUAAUGGGCCUCACAAUGGGGAAACGAACGCUUCGCAACCCGAAUGGGAAAAUGAGUUUCCAGCUUCUGUGGUGAGGGCUGUGAUGAAACAUUCAAAGAAAACAUUAGUAGAUGAGAACAGGCGUGAUACAUAUAAUCCUCCUUCAGCUUCCUCCGCACACGAGCCAUCAAUCUUGAAUUCAUUAGAUGGAGAAUUGAAGCAACUAGUCGCGGUUGGGCUAAGCGCGGAGUAUGGUUAUGCAAGAAGCCUGGCUCGAUUUGCAGCUGGCCUUGGUCCAACAGCAUGGGCAGUAGCUUCUAAAAAGAUUCAGCACGUAUUGCCUACGGGAGUCGAAUUUGGUCCUGGAUGGGUAGGAGAAAACGAUGUGGUCCAGAGUGGCCGUGUUUUAUCCAAUGAUACUGCGUCCGAUGAUCCAUCUAACAGUCAUCAAACCCUCUCAACAGGCAUAAGUACGACCCCGACUGUAAACAUGCAUCAGACAUGGAACAGAGAAGAUACAGCAGUGAGAAAUGGUGCCGUUGGACCAUCAACUCCGUUCAACGACUGCAUUACUCCUACCAUGAAGCCUAUGGCACCGCCGCUAGCUCAACAGCAAAUUCGAGGUGUUGCCUCUUCAUUCGACUGCAGUACUUCUCAGGUUGGUGUGCUUCCAACGACACCCUACCGGCCAUUUGGUGUGGUUCCGAGUUCGUACACAAGUUUCGGUCAAAUACAGCAGGGGCAUGCUUUCGAUCCGAACAAGGGCAAGCCAGGAACUUUCAGCUCGGGUACGUCAUCAGCUCCUGGCAGCAGUAUACCAACAACCACGACAGGGUUUGCUGGGAGAACCGCGGGGUCUCAGGGACUACCGCCAGCACCGCUGUACCAUAAUGAGCAGGAGCUCUUCCAGUUCCCUACAGACCUAAACGUCGGUUUCUUGUCGCCAGGUUCGCCCAAUUCGUCUGGGGUUGUUCCGAUUGGUUCUCCACAGCAGCCAGACUUAGCAUUGCAGCUUUGA